AUGCCACCACCUGAGCCCCCCGCCGCUGCCCACGGCGCAGUGUUCCCUGACACCUUCGGUGGUCUGCUGCCUCCUCCUUGCUGCCAGCGCAGCUUCGCAGCUGAAGGCUGUUCAGAAAAGUCGGUGUUUGUGUCGGUCACUCCCGCCAGCCUGGCAGGGGCUGGUGCUGCCGGCUCUUCCCAGGAAUGCUGCGGCUUCCCGCAGGCCCCGCGCCGCUUCGGCAGCCACGGCCAGGGCGCAGCGAAACCCGGAGACUCUGACCCUGCAGCCUGGAGGAGCCGGUUUGGUACAAAGUGUGCCCGCUGCGGCAGGCAGAUCUACGCCAGCGACUGGGUGCGGCGAGCGCGGGGCAACGCCUACCACCUCGCCUGCUUCGCCUGCUUCUCCUGCAAGCGGCAGCUCUCCACCGGCGAGGAGUUCGGCUUGGUGGAGGAGAAGGUGCUGUGCCGGAUUCACUACGACACCAUGAUAGAGAACCUCAAGCGAGCGGCGGAAAAUGGCAACGGGAUCACGCUGGAGGGGGCUGUGCCCUCGGAGCAGGACAGCCAGCCGAAGCCAGCCAAGAGGGCCCGCACCUCCUUCACCGCCGAGCAGCUGCAGGUCAUGCAGGCACAGUUUGCUCAGGACAACAACCCCGACGCACAAACGCUUCAGAAGCUGGCGGACAUGACGGGGCUGAGUCGGAGAGUCAUUCAGGUUUGGUUUCAAAACUGCAGAGCCCGCCAUAAAAAACACACCCCCCAGCACACGGUGCCGCCCUCGGGAGCCCCCCCAUCCCGCAUCCCUUCCUCGCUCUCUGAUGACAUUCACUACUCGCCCUUCAGCAGCCCGGAGCGGGCCCGGAUGGUGACGCUGCACGGAUACAUAGAAAGUCAGGUACAGUGUGGACAAGUGCACUGUAGACUUCCCUACACUGCUCCACCAGUGCACCUCAAAGCAGACAUGGAAGGACCACUAUCUAAUAGGGGUGAGAAGGUCAUCCUCUUUCAGUACUGACUGCGCGAACUCUUCCUCACCUGCCCAUGGCGCUACCAGCACCACUGCCCCUCAGCCGCUGAAACACGACGUCCGGCCCAAGGCAACUGUUAUCAGUCAUGCAGG